UUUGGGACGCCAUGAUUUAAAAAGGAUGGAUGAAGGUGACAUUGAGCUUAUUGUCGUACAUAAGAAUGAAAUCAUGUUGGACCUUUAUCCAUCGGGUCCAAGUAUUGGACUAAGAGUUGGAGGGCCUCUAUGUCGCCGUAUUCUUACCCCCUACACUCACACCGAAACCCUUUGGGGGACACACUUUUGUGACGACCCUUGCUCACAUUGGACUUUCUCCUUGUGUGACCAUCCCUCGGGAAGCAGAAUCAAACUUGAUGUACACCACAGAAAAAUUGUUCUCGUAUUUAAAUACAUCGGUGCAAGACUAUUUAAGAGACACCCGGUAGCAAGCUCGUAUGCAAUCACUACUUUGGUAGAGACCCACCAACAGGAUUGCGCCAAACCACAUUUAGGGAACUGUUUUAUCGAUAUUUUAAAUCGAUAUUGCAGAUUCUACUACGUGGUACACGAAUACAAUGGUCACGACUUCGGUGGUCUUUGGGAUAUUGAUUUUCCAGAAGUGAAUCUGUUAAGUCCUUUCCUGAUGGCGAUGGACGAUCCGCCAGUGAAUCUACUUGAAUAUGUAUCAUGUUUAGUGGAGUUUGUAAGAACUGAAGAAGAUUGGGAGAAAAAGCUCAAACUCGAAAUGGAUGAUGUAAAACAAUUCGAAGUUACAUGGGACCAGAUGGUGGAACAAUACCAAGAGGAAACAAGACGAAAAAAGUAGUU